CGGGCUCAGACGUCGUCCAGGAAAGUCGUAUUUGCUUUGAGAAAAAUCUCAUGAUAACGUGUGGCUCUGUGAAUUGAAUAUUCCAAAUUGUGUCGAAAAAUUCUUUUGUGAUCUUCGCGUGGUAAAAUAAAGUAUAUCCUUGUACUAGGACAAGGUUUACUGUGCUACCUAUCUUAUACCCAAUACCUCUCUAAAUACUUCCUGUGCGCAAUCCGAGUAGAAAAAAAAGGCACAUCAUAAGAUUUCUCUCAAUUUUGGGUGUGAAAAUUCACGUGCAAAAGGGCGAAAAUCAUCCAUCAAGACUUCGCUGAAUCCAAAAGAGAAGACCAAAUAAUAUAACAUGGAUCCAUCCAAGAGGGUGCAAAUUGAGAAAGCUCACAAUUUCAUGCGCCAAUACCGAGAUCCGGAAUCUCGUGAACUCAGAAAAUUGUCCGCCAAUCAAUUCAUGGAGGUAUGGAGUCACUACGAUAAGGAUGCAAAUGGAUACAUUGAAGGAACUGAACUUGAUGGCUUCCUCAGGGAGUUUGUAUCAAGUGCAAAUGCUACAGACGUUAAUCCCGAGACCCUCACAGACGCCACACUGAGUGAGUUAAAAUCCUGCUUCAUGGAGGCCUAUGAUGACAAUCAGGAUGGGAAAAUUGACAUUAGAGAACUGGCACAACUCCUACCAAUGGAAGAGACUUUCCUACUCCUCUUCCGUUUCCACAAUCCACUAGAAUCCAGUGUGGAAUUUAUGAAGAUUUGGCGUGAAUAUGACACAGACAAUAGUGGUUACAUUGAAGCUGAUGAACUGAAGAACUUCUUGCGAGAUCUUCUAAAGGAAGCCAAGAAAAUCAAUGAUGUCUCCGAAGACAAACUCAUCGAAUACACCGACACAAUGCUUCAAGUAUUUGAUGCCAACAAAGAUGGACGAUUGCAACUGUCAGAGAUGGCAAAAUUGCUCCCAGUUAAAGAAAACUUCCUCUGCCGUCAGGUUUUCAAGGAAGGUAUCGAAGGAGCCGCAAAGCUCACCAAGGAAGACAUUGAGAAGGUCUUUUCACUCUACGACAGGGACAAUAAUGGAACGAUUGAAAAUGAGGAACUUAGAGGUUUCCUGAAGGAUCUCCUUGAACUUGUCAAAAAGGAUUACGAUGCUCAGGAUUUAAUUGACUUCGAGGAGACCAUCCUUCAAGGUGUUGGCUAUGACAAAGAUGGCAAAAUCUCCCGAAAGGAGCUAACCAUGAUACUCCUAGCAUUGGCAAAAAUGCCAACAGAAGAUGAACAGUAAAAAAAACUAAUCAUGAUUCCAAAGAAAUAAUAAAUACGGAGAAAAGUGUUUAAAAUCGAAUCGAUGAAGCGCAGGCAACAACGAUUUUUAUCAGUGUGUACUGUCCCGAGACACGCACCUCUUUAGCACUGUAGACUUGUGCUAAAUAUGUGUAUGUCUCGGAUAAUUGGCGGGUAGAUGAAAAUUUUUCCAAAAAAAAAGUUUUUUUGGGAAGAUUUUUCAAAGAAAAAUGCGCACAUGCUGAGAGAUAAAAAACAGAAUAAACAUUUUAACUGAGAAAGGAAGGUGUGGUAAAAGCUCAAAAUUAGUGCUUACAAAUGAAAAAAAAAAUGCUUCGAAAUUUCAAUGAUGAUGUUAUAUGAAACUAUUUAGCCUUCAAUCUUUCUAUCUUGAGUGCAAUUGCAAGAAAAGACUUAUCGAGUAAUGAAAUUACUUCUUAUUCUAACAGACAUAACAAAAAUUAUUAAAAAAAAAACUAGAAAUUUUGAUUUCUACAAUUUUAAUAUUUAUUUUAAAAAUGGUUUUUAUGUCCAUUUCUUUGCUUAUAACACUGCAUUUUAUCGAGGAGAAAAAGUAGUUAUAAUUUUUUGAAAGAAAAAUUGAGCACAAAUGUUGGACAUAUCAAUUUUUUUACUAUCUUUCCCAUUCCUUAAAAUCAUUUUAGUAGGUAAAGUCAUUGGAACAGUCUAUUCGAAAAAAAUAAUUAAACUUUCUUCUAUUCUAUCCCAAAUUAAUCUCAUUAAAUUUUAUAAUAAAAGUUCUUUUAAUUAAUAUUUUUUUUUUCUAAUACAAAUUUUUUUAAUUAAAAGAAAAAACUUUAACAGUGUUGGCCUGGAUUGUAAAAGGAAAGGCAACUGAAGUACAAGAAAUGAUGCAUUCUCUUUGAACUUAUAAGUUCAAUAAGGAUGUAAAGUCAUAUGCCAAUGAAUAUUUUUCAACAAAAAAAGAAAAAAAACUCCGCAUGAAAUUGUAAACGUGAUACUUUCCCAAGGAAUGAUAUAAAUGGUGUAGUGAUGUCAUGUAAUCAGACAAAUAUAAUCUCUAUUUUUUUAUCCUAUUUAACUAUCCUAUCCUAUAAAAAAAAUUCUUUCUGUGACUUCAAGUGAAAAGUAAAAUAAUUUUUGGUGGCAAUGACAAGAUAUUUAUAGCUAUUACAUAAAUUCUACUAUUGUGAUUGAAAGUAAAAAAAUUUACGAAAGAAAGGAAAGCAAGGAGAACUUUGAAAAAAAUGCAAAGAUUAAAAAAUGCACUUAAAAGAUAUUUCUGAAAAAAGAAUUAUAAAUUUACAAAAAAAACAACAAAUUAAUGCUCUCUUCUUAUGUACUAUUUAACGAAUUUUUCAGAAGUUUGCUGUUGUUUCGUCUUGAGAAAAAAAUCUAUUAAGAAAAAUAAUAUUAAAAAAAACUGAAUACAUAAAGCGUUUCAAUUUAAUAAAGAGAAUAUGAAAAAAAAAAUAAACCGUUCCACUGAAACAAUAAAAUGAAGAAAGAAAAAACUAAUAUGUAGUAUGAGGAAUUUUGUGCCAAAAUGUCAAUGAAAUAUCUCUUUAGAGGGAAAAUUUGUAAACGAUAAACAUUUCCAUAAAUUAAAACCACCUACUAAAUGUUAUAUGUAUGGAAACCAAACACAAUAAGCUUAACAUUCAAACCAACAAGAAAAAAAAAAGAACAUCUUCUCUCAGACACUUUUUCUCAAUAUGAUUGUUGAUGGACAAAAUAUUUCACUUAAAUGUUGACUAAAUGUGUACUAUUUUACCUGUUAAAAUCUAAAAAAAAAAGAAUAAAAUUAAUCGACAAAUUAUAAUAUUUGGGAUGAAAAAUAAAAUAACUUAUGUAGCCCAGACUAUUGGGCUUAA